AUGGACGAUCCGCAGAAGCGGGCAAAUGGAAUGGACUGGGGCGUUGCUCGCUGGCGGAGCGAGGGCUCGCGGAGGGACUCGCUUGGCCCCAGUUCUCUAAACCUGAUGAAAUCCCUGGUGCUUGAAACUACUUUUGUACAGCCUGCACAAGCUCAUCCCUUCACCGUUAGGAAGCAAAGACCAAGCGCUUGUUGUCCGUGGUACGGCGCCAGCAGCGCAACGCGGCUACUGCGCAGAAACCUGCACCGACGCCCAGGAGCUUUCGUGCUACACCUCAGCGCGAAAAAGGUUCGUGAGCUGGUACGCAUCCGGUUGUAUCCUUCAGACUUGAGUUUUCGCUGGAACGCGUGUCGCUUCUGUUUCUGGUUAAAGUGCAGGUAUGGGGUGGCGAUGCGGCCUCCGUUUCCUGAGGUCUUCAACCAUAUCGAUGCGGCUAUGAAAGAAGCAUUUCAUGGGAGAAACCUUCGCUCGGUCGCAAGUAUCCCAGAUGAUUGGCCAGACGGAACCAUCGACUGCUCCUCCGCGAUCGAAAACGUGCGCUCACAAGAGUUCGAGGUGACGACGCACGCGUGGGUACGCUUCACGAUCACAGGUCGACUUGAUGGGCUCAUCCGCUUCCAAGAUGAGACGCUGGGUGUCCUGGACUUUAAGGUUUCUCGGGCGGAGACAUCCAAACUGCAGGAAACGUAUGCGAUGCAGUUACAUGCGUAUGCUUUUGCACUGGAGAAAGCCGCGAACCUCCUCGAUGCCGAUGACACGAGCAUAGCACCGGUGCCUCUGCCUCCAGCGGUGCCUCGGCUUGCGCUCAUCGUUUUCCGACCCGAUGGAUAUGAGCUCUUACCGUCGAGUCACGAGAGCUGUCUCCGAGGCCAGACGGAGUUCAUUCCCAUUGAGCGGGAUGAUGAAGGCUUCUACGCACUCUGCCAAGAGAUCGCUGCAUUGUUUGAGCGCCCCGAGCCGCCGGCCCCGAGCAAGCAUUGCGAAACCUGUAGCUUUUACGCUGCUCGCUAUCCAUUUCAGUCCUAG